AUGGCUAUGAUGAUGACGAUGGGUAUGAUGAGCUCAUCGUUGGAAGUCUUCAACUCGCAAAUCGAUGAGUGGUCGGAUCCGGAUGGUCUUCCCCACCGCACGGCAGGCGCCAAGGAAGCGCCCACAGAGGUGGUCGAGUCGGUUGUCACCUCGCGUCCGUACCUUGUCCUCGCUACUGCCCUUCUCCUCCUCGCAUGUCUUGUUUUUACACUCGUUGCCCUCUUUCUCCGCGGCUGGGUCAACAUCGAUCUCCGCCUGCUGGCAGAGGCCGGCGAUGGUGGGAGCGUGCCUCCCGGUGGUGGCAUCGCCUCGCCGCCGCCGCCGUCGCCGCCGCCGCCGUCGCUCCUCAUCUCGACGUCGACGAGUAGCAGCGCCACCGCAUCCUCUACCAGCAGCAGCAGUAGUAGUAGUGGUGGUGGUGGUGGUGGCUCAUCUGGUGGCGAGCAGCUUGUGCUUGCGUACUCUGUCAACAUCCGGUUUGGCCUCGCCCAGUACUCAAUCGACUCGACCUGGGCUAACCGCAAGGUCGUCAAGCCACUGGCAGGUGCGGGCGACUCGUUGCCGCUUGAUGAAAUGAUGCCGGAUCCAAGCAAGUCUGCCAUGUCUAUCGAUGGGCUGCGAACCGGCGGCGGCAUUGCCUUUGUGCUCGGCUGCGUGGCGGUCGUCGCCAACGUCGGCGCGCUGCUGCUGGUGUGGUACCUGGCGCGGCGAGUGACGCCGACCCGGAUGGCCAACAUGCUCACGCCGCAGCGCCCGCUCACCGCCUACGCCGCCUGCCUCUGCCUUCUGGCGGGUAUGUGCCAACUCGCGGCGCUCAUUGUGUACGUCGCGCUCGCCCGCGACGACAUCGAUCCGACGUCCGGCACCUUUGGCGCCGGCAUGGCGUGCGCAGCUGCCGCACUUGUCGGCUACUUUGGUGCAUGUAUGCUGCUCAUUCUUCUCACUCUCGUUCAGCGGAAGAAGACCGGCCGUGCGAGCGUCGAGUGGUAA